AUGUUGGAGAUGGCAUUGCCUCGGCGGCGAUUCUCAUCGAUCAGAGCAGUGUCUCCAAUUCGCAACGGUUUUGCUUACCCUAAGAAUCUGGUAUUAUUACUCCGCGCAGGGAUGUACGUGGCGAAUCGGGCUUCAGACAAGAUCACACAACUCACUGACAAUGUCUACGUCUGCCGUUCUGGUUCGGCUGCUGAUUCUCAGGUUGUCUCGGAUUAUGUCUGCUACUUCCUUCACCAGCAUGCAAUCCAGCUCGGACAGCCUGCGACUGUAAAGGUCUCUGCAUACUUUAUCAGGAUGCUCGCAUAUAAUAACAAGAAAAUAUAA